ACCUCCAAAAAAGGGCGGGGAGCAGAGGAGAGGGAGAAAAAUACAGCAGAAAUCAGCCCUGCCUUUCCCAGUGAUAGCCAGCACAAGGCUGAUAGGCUGCCUAAGCGAUGCUGCUUUGAUGGCAGCCUUGCAGAUUGAGACCUGCACUUAACUUGCAACUGCCUCCCAAGCCUGGUUCUGAGAUGUCCACGCCCUGGGUGACAGGCGGCCUGGUGCUACCCUGUGCUCAGGCUAUGAUGCUGAACAGCAGCAUGCAGUGAAAACCGUGCCACUGCCACUGAAGAGCAACCUAAUGUAACGGCACAGCCAACAAGAUGAACGGAGCUUUGGAUCACUCAGACCAGCCAGACCCAGAUGCCAUUAAGAUGUUUGUCGGACAGAUCCCUCGAUCGUGGUCAGAAAAGGAGCUGAAAGAACUUUUUGAGCCUUACGGAGCUGUCUACCAGAUCAACGUCCUCCGAGACCGGAGUCAGAAUCCUCCCCAGAGUAAAGGUUGUUGUUUCGUAACGUUUUAUACAAGAAAAGCUGCACUUGAGGCCCAGAAUGCACUGCACAAUAUUAAAACUUUACCUGGGAUGCAUCAUCCCAUUCAGAUGAAACCUGCAGAUAGUGAAAAGUCAAACGCUGUGGAAGACAGAAAAUUGUUCAUAGGAAUGGUCUCAAAGAAAUGUAAUGAGAAUGAUAUCAGAGUGAUGUUUUCUCCGUUUGGCCAGAUAGAAGAAUGCCGGAUUCUCCGGGGACCUGACGGGCUGAGUCGAGGCUGUGCGUUUGUCACAUUUUCUACAAGGGCAAUGGCACAGAAUGCAAUCAAAGCCAUGCAUCAGUCUCAGACCAUGGAGGGCUGCUCUUCACCUAUUGUGGUGAAGUUUGCUGACACUCAGAAGGACAAAGAGCAAAGGCGCCUCCAACAGCAGCUUGCACAGCAGAUGCAACAGCUCAACACUGCCACCUGGGGGAACCUGACAGGGCUUGGCGGACUUACCCCACAGUACCUGGCGCUUCUGCAGCAGGCCACCUCCUCCAGCAACCUGGGUGCAUUCAGUGGCAUUCAGCAAAUGGCUGGCAUGAAUGCUUUACAAUUACAGAAUCUGGCGACCCUGGCUGCUGCUGCAGCUGCUGCCCAGACCUCAGCCACCAGCACCAAUGCAAACCCUCUCUCUACCACAAGCAGUGCCCUUGGAGCCCUUACGAGUCCUGUGGCUGCUUCAACCCCCAACUCCACUGCUGGUGCAGCCAUGAAUUCCUUGACCUCCCUUGGGACUCUGCAAGGACUGGCUGGAGCCACUGUUGGAUUGAAUAAUAUUAAUGCACUAGCAGUUGCUCAAAUGCUCUCAGGUAUGGCGGCUCUGAAUGGAGGACUUGGCGCCACAGGCUUGACGAAUGGUACGGCUGGCACCAUGGACGCCCUCACCCAGGCCUACUCAGGAAUUCAGCAGUACGCAGCAGCCGCACUGCCUACUCUGUACAGCCAGAGCUUGCUACAACAGCAGAGCGCUGCAGGCAGCCAGAAGGAAGGUCCAGAGGGGGCAAACCUCUUUAUUUACCACCUUCCACAGGAGUUUGGCGACCAAGACAUUCUGCAGAUGUUCAUGCCUUUUGGAAAUGUUAUCUCUGCUAAAGUCUUCAUUGACAAACAGACCAAUCUGAGCAAGUGCUUUGGUUUUGUUAGCUAUGACAAUCCAGUCUCUGCACAAGCUGCAAUCCAGGCUAUGAAUGGCUUUCAGAUCGGCAUGAAACGCUUGAAGGUGCAGCUGAAGCGCUCCAAAAAUGACAGCAAACCUUACUGAUCCUAACCCCAGAGGCUCCCUGCUCUUAUUUUAGCUUUCUUAGGACAUCUUCAUGCCCGUUAGUUCAUCGUUUGCCUAGCAUGUCCCUGUGGCGUCUCAAAAAAAGUUUCAUCGUCCCGUCAUUGUUUCUGAUGUCUUUCUGACCUCACAUCAUAUUUGGUUCUCCUACUGACCUUUGAUCUAGUUUGACCUUUGAAAUUUGCAUGUGACCUCAUCUAGCUAUGAAUUCUGGGAAGUCAAUGUGAAAAACAUUGCUGCAUUCAUGCAAGACUGAAAUUAUUAGACAAAUUAUAGAAAAAAAAAAACCUGUGGCAAAAAUAUUUCUUUCUUAUUUUUUUUUUCUUUUCAUAAAACAGACUUGAAAGUAUUAUACAGGGAUUGGCAUUCUUCCCGGUCACUGGUAACAAUAGCAAUAUGUGUCCAGGGACACAGAAUGUUGGUUUCUAACAGACUACUUCCAAAAACAGUUUGAGAAAAAAACUGUCUGAUUUUAAGUCUCUAGAGGUCUGUAAUAGUUUUUACAUUUUUCAGGCAGUGUAAAGUUUUUUGAUAAGGCCAUUUUAGGUGGCUCACUUUCUCAUUAAGAUAUAUAUAUAGAACCACUUUUUGUAGAUUAGUAUAAGAAAAAUAUUUACCCUGUUUUGGGGCAAAUGCUACCUAUUUGUGUCACCUUUUGCUGAACUGACUCACAGUUAGACAAUCCAUGGUUUAAUGCACAUGAAAUUACCUAUAUUUUAUACUGUUUCAAUGUACAGGAGAAAGGUCACUGUAAACUGUGUUAUGUUGGUGCUUCUGUGAAUUAAGUUGUGGUUUCAUCAUGAGUCUUACGGUCUUAAUGUUCUUUGUUGAUAAGACAAGUUUAGAAUUGGUUUACUUAAAACAAAAAAGAAUUUAAAAAAAAAGUUGUUUGCUAAAAAAAAAAUUCAUGUGAGGAAAAAAAAACUAUUCCAGAAUAAGUUUUGUGUUGGCUUGUGAAGCAUUGAUGUCAUUUUUUUUUUAUUGUGGACUAUUUAGAUGUGUUUGUGUUCAGCAAAAUGUGAUCUGUUUUGUUUUUUUUUCUUUUAAAGAAAAAAAGUGAAAAUAUAUAGUGCCAAAUUCCAAAGGUACUUCCUUCCUAGAGCUUCAGUGUGUUUCUUGUGAGAAGUAAUUUGAUAACAUGGGUAUUUUAUUAUGUGUUUUGUAUAAAUCCCUAAUAUUUAAAAAAAAAGGUUAAAAAGUUUGUUAACUUGCUAUUCUGUGGUCUUGUUGCCUGAAAUUGUUAUUGUUUGUUAUUUCUCUAUGAUGUUUUUUGUAAGACAUUGUAUAAGUGCCCAUGUCUCACUUUUUUAACCACUCUGCACAUCAACGCUGUGAAGGCAACCUCACAAUGUAUUUUCUUCAUAAUAUAUGGAAACCUCUAAGGUGAGAAAGUUGUGAACUUUUAACCCUUUCUACCCAGAGCUAUCUGGAAUGUUGGUAACUUUUUAUACUGUAUCGUUUGAGCUUUUGGGGUAUUCCCAAUUUGAUUUUUGUGGUAUUCCUAAUUUGGAUUUUUCCACAUAUCUUCUGAAUUUAUUUUCACUACUUUUUUUACCCUUUGAGAUCCAAAACAUCAAUUUGAAGGGGAAAAACACUCUCUAGAUUUUUUUACUGUACCAUUUUUUUCUUUUACUUCCUAAUGUGCUGCUGGAAUUUGAAUUCCUAAUAUCUUAUGCUCCUUCAGUUUAAAUUAAAAACAGUUUAUUGGAUAAACUCUCUGAAGGGAAAAGUAAGUAGAGUCAGCCCCUAAAUAAACCUUAAAAAUGGUGUAUGCUAUUUCAGAUCAUGUUUAGUGGUAUGUUUUAGUCUAGAAUACUUUCACAUACCUUACAGUUAAAUGACUUCUGUGGUAGAUAGUGUAAAGAAUUUUACUUUUGUUUCUUAAAUACUCCUAAAUAAUGAUGAAUCAGCCAUUGUGCUGGGGAUUCUUUGACCCCAGCAGAUGCCUCUGAAUAAGCAAGAUAUCUGGAGUGAGAAGCUCAUAGUCCUUUCCCUUCCUUUUUGGUUUUCUAGCUUUUAAAUUGAGUAUAUUUAAAAGAGACUGGCCAUAUAAGUAGAGCUUGGUUUUUCAUCACAAUAACUGACCAAAUACCUAGUCACCAGUUCCUGCUGCCACUUUUUAAAGUGCCAUAUUACUCUGACUUUGACUUUCUGUGAAUAGGUAUCUGGCUGUCUGGACAAACCCUAAACUCAUACCUAUACCCCAAUACAAACUCUAGCCUUCCUGAAAGCAGGUCCUCUGAAAGCUUCUUAGUUUCAGCUCCCUUUUCCUACUCAUUCACCCUGUUUGGUUUAAUGUGUUUGGAUGUGAUAGCCCUGGGAUGGAAAGGAUUAGCCUCUAAUGCAAAAAACAAAAGUUUCCUUAUUCUAGCACAUGCACUUCUAAUGAGAUGAUCUGUAUUAUCCUCACGUGUGUUUACUACUGCCGGGGCCUUCCAUCAUCCUUUGAGGGCUAUUUUGUACUUCCUGCAGCACUCAGCUUAAUAAUAAAAGUGAUCUCACUCUCUCUCUCUCUCUCUCUCUCUCUCUCAUCUACUAUAUGAUGGUGUGUAGAUACAUACAUAGACACACAAGAGAUUACCAUUUGAAUUUCUUAGACCAUCAACAUCUAUUCAUUUAUCAAUUACAUAAAUCUCAAAAACUUUUUUCUCAUUUUUUUCAUUGAAGCAAACUGCCUUCCUUUCCUCUUAACCCACCUGCAUCUCCCCCAGAGAAAAACCUGAGUACAGUUAACAGAAGGAUCAGGUGGGCAUUUUCAGUAGCGCAUUUCUGAUUUUGCAGGCAACCAAGACAGUACAGUACAUUUAGGGGGAAAGUCUUUUUUUUCUUUGUUUGUUUCAUUUUUAGAAAAAUAACCCUCCUCAGAGACAAACUGUCCCUUUAUCUUUUAGUAUCAAAUAGAAAAAGCUGCAAGGGUGCAAAGGGCCUGUGCCAGAAGACAAAACACAGGGAAACUGCUUUUUUUUUAAAAUCAAGUGUAGAAGUAGUCAUUUUUAAACUAAAUUAGAGAAUUGUGAUAAAAUGGCAGUCCUAAAGGCGUAACAAGUUCAUCUUUCUUUCACCAUAGGGGUUAUAGUUCUUUGGCUUGUGCUAUUCUGGAAUCAUUUUACUGUUUGUUUUUAUUAUCUUAAGUGCUAAUUAAAAAGAAUAAAAUCUUUAAAAAAACUGUAGUUUCAUUAACUUUUUGAAUAAUGUCAUACAAAAAUGUGUUUUUUUGUGCUGUGAGAAUUGUUGUUUGUAGAUUAAUAUCAUUUUGUUUAGAAUUACAAAAUAGAUUUUAAAUAUUGUCUGAGAAAAGCCAAAGUUAAUGAAACCUAGUGGAAACUGUAAGACCAUUUGAGUAUUGUUUGUUUUAUUGAUGCAUUUGGAUUUUGUUGUUUGAUGGAAUUUGAGCCAAAAAAAAAAAAAAAUACGCAGGCUUUCCUAUUUCUACAACUGAUUGUACUUACGCAUUUUGUACCAGUGGAACUUUUUAUACUGGAGAUUAAAAAAAUGGAAAUUUUUGUGGCUUACUCUUGUGGGCCCCCUGACAAUGACUGAUUUCAAGUUUGAUUUCUGGUUGAUAGAAAGAAAGUUGCUUUUCUUUUAAGAAUUAAAAACUUUGGCUUGAUUUCUUUUUUCCCUUUGCUUAUAUCUAGCAUUAGAAUUUUGUCUUAAAAUACAGCGGUAAGUUUCACUUUUUAUUCUGUAUUGUGCAGUUACACAAUAAGGUAAUUAGAUUUAGAAGUACUCAGUCACUUUAAGUGGAUAAAUGUAUUAGUUAACUUUAGGGGUUUGCUUUUUUGCUGUUUAAAGUUUUUUCUGAUUCUUCUGUCCUCAUUGUGAACAUAACCGUGUAGUUAAAACAGUCAAACUUAUUUUUGUAAUGUAUGUUAUUGUGUGAUGCGGUUUUUUGCUUCUGUCUCCAAUAUUAAACCAUUUUCCUAAUACUUGUUUCUCUCUCUGCGUGUUGUAUUGUUGGUAGUCAUUCUGUGUUGGUGAUACAUCUACACACCUCACUGUUUCACGUAUGUUUUUUUUCUAUAUGUUGUGUAAAAAGAUACAGUCGAUUCCACCUAAGUGAAUAUCUGAUUUGGGGAAAGAGGAAACUGCACACCAGCCUCCUUUGAUUUAUCUACAGCAGCCUACUCUUAACGCCACUGCCCAGAUUAAUCACAUUUUCCUAUGGUUCACCUAAAUAACUGCCUCCUGAGGGGGAUUUGCCAAGUCAUUUUAUGGUCUUUUGACCACACAGGUUUUUUUCACCUCUUCUGAUCUGUCUCCCUCCCCCACAAAUAUAUAUACUGCAUAUAUAUGUAUGUAGUUCCUAACAUUCACUGAAGUUUACUGCUGCAACCUUAAGCAGCAGCAGACCUGGGGUUUCGUCUGUCUAACCCCCAAGUCCAAAGACAUAUCUUUACAGUCAAGCUCUUCUUAGAAACUGAUCACCUUUUCAAAGGAGGUAAUCUCUCAAGGAAGGAAAAAGUAAACUUAUUUGGUGAAUGGAAGAUGAGAAAAGGGUUAAACUUAAGUCUCUGUGUUGCCAUCAAUCAAUAGAUAUGUAUAGAAAAGUAAUUUACAUUAUUUCUACAAGCUAAUUGAACUCAGCAGCAGCUUUAAUUAUUAAAACUAAUGGAAGAGAAAAGAAAUAGUUCCAUGUAUUCAAAUGGAAGCUUUACUUGGUCUGGAGGGGGAGGUGGAGCUCACAAUGCCAUACUGCAAAGGACAGCUCACAAUGCCAUACACAGCCACACUCCUUCCUGGACAAACACACAGAAGUAAGCCGUGUUCCCACCAUCGCUAAUGCCCAUUACCAGAAAGAGACUUACUUACGUACCCUCUACAUCUUAAGCCACAGGCCCUCCUCCCUUUUCUGCCCAUCUCCUGUGCUCAGGAAUCUGACUGCUCUUAAAGUGCUCUUAAAAGAUUCCAUCAAUGUUUGCUCCCUAUGUCUUCUCACUCCUUCCAACUUUUCAGACACACAAGCUGUCUGCCUCAGGCCACCCAGCACCUAGUGCCAAUGAGAUUUCUCCCUGCAGGUGCUUAGCCUUUCCGCCCUCUGGUUUCAGCUGACCUUCUGGCCCCAAGAUUGUAUUUUUUCAGUCAGGUCAGCUCUUUUCACCCAUAGGCCAAACACAUCAGUGGUAGUGACUUCCACCAGCUCCAAACCUGCACGGAUGGGAGCUGACUUCUGCUGACACUUCUGCUUUAAAUCUCAACAUAGCCUUCAUCAGUGUGCCUCUGAAAACCCACUGCUAGCAUUAGUGGGGAAAGAUGGCUAAGGGUGUGAUUUCUCUUUUCUUUCUUUUUGGGGAAGGGGGUGGGAGGCAUGAGGGAGGGAAGAUGGGAAAAAGAAGAUGAUCAAACUCCAAGAUGCAAGUGUUUAUUUUUAAAAUGCAAAAGUAAAUAUAACCAGCAUUGGCUCAAGGCAAAAUACUCAUGUUGAGAGAGGAAAGGAAAUACAAAGCCAGUUUCUGUUUUUGGAAAAACAACAGAAACAAUAAUUCUCCAAAGAGAACAAAAUUCCUAGCUCAUUUAGACACUUAUGACUACAAAACUGGUCCCUGUUUAAACUCAUACUCAUAAUUUUGAUUUUGUAAAGCACCAUUGCAGUGUGAGCAAGGUCUCCUUGCCAUGCAUAGACCACCAUGGAAAACUUAGAGAAGUGUCAACAGUCCCUCCUGAUGGAAGCCACAGGCCUGCCCAGCCCACAACACAUGCGUGCAUUCCGUGGGCUCAGCCUCUUCACUAGCAGGCUAGGAAACACAGUGAACAUCAUAAACAUACUGUGAAUCGUUCCUGAUAAGUGAAUAAAUAAAACAUUGUGACCAAACAAUCAGCUUAUUCACUUAUCAGGAAUCGACUGUUCUGCUAAAUCGCUGUUUCUGUUUUUCAUUUCUGUUGUAGUUCACUAUUUUUGCUGUGUUCUGUUUUCUCCUCUCAUGCUUGGGCAGAAUCACUGGGAAUAUUAUCUUCAUGUGACCAUGAAACGUUUAUAUCGAGUGAAAAUGAUAUCUUAACAAAAUCUAUGCACUUGCUAUCAGGAACACAAUACUGGAUGUGUCUUAUAUAUAUUGGACUAUAUAGUACUCGAUUUCUUAAAUAAAGCUUAAGAAAGGACUCUGUUGUGUGUAAAGUUAAUGUGAUUAUUUUUCAAAGCAGUGUUUCUGAGGGGUAUUUUUGUUCUUUUAAAGUCUUGAGUGAUACAGGAUAUUUUUCAUUAAAAUUAUAUCACUGGCUUUAUGACUUAAUAUUCAAUAAAUUGACUUUGGAAACAACAUGGAGUGGGGGGAAGUUCUUCUAAGUGCAUUUUAGCAAGAGUUUUCUGGAAAACCAUACCCUUACUAGAGACCCUGGCAAAUCUCUACCCAGACACUGUGGGAAGCCAAACGGAGCAAUCCGUUCACCUCUAAAAGACCACUAGAAAGCAUCCAGAGUUCACCCUAACCUAGAAAACUCUACUGCCUUCAGAAUGUGAUUUCUUUAGGCUCAGGAGAAAAAGGACAGAAAAGAAAGGCACCUGCAAGAAUAAUGCUGGGUUGUGUCAGUACUUUGCCAGAAUGGUGUGACACUAAAACUAUGCCCUGCUGGAGAACAAUGGUCAUUUUACUCGGACCCACAAGAUGAGAGACAGCAGGGGAAGGUGUCUGAUCAUUCCAGAUGAGAAGGGUAAGAUUUCAAAGUGAUAUGUGAGAGAGAGAGAUCCUGUAACAGUUGCGAAGCUUAAAUGGGAGACCUGCUGCUUGGCCCUUUGAAGGAGUGUUUUUGAAAUUUUUCCUACAGGCCAUAAAUUUGAACAGAAUGACAUUUUCUGUCGGACUUUUUUUUUGC